AUGGUUUAUUGUGGUAAGCCAAGCAAAGCUUGCGCAGAGUGCAGGCUUCGGAGGACCAAGUGUGACACUCUGACGCCAUCUUGUUCACAAUGUGUUCGCGCUGGCCGCAAUUGCACAGGAUACAGAACCGAAGCAGACAUGAUGUUCCGCGAUCAAACGCAACACUACGCUAACAAACGACGAACUGAAAAUGACACUCGACUAGUAGUAUCUAAAAAGAGAAGCAAAACAUCAAAUGAUGCGCCAGAGACCCCUAUAGAUCCUCAAUUGUCGUGCUAUUCCAAGACGCAAAUUGCCACGCAGACAAUACCACUGGCACCAGGUCUUUCGACUUCUUCGGCUGAGCAGGCAACGUGUUAUUUCUUUCGAAACUAUGUUCUCGAAGAUAAUUCGACAAGUGGUAGUUUUCAGUAUCUCCACGAAAUAUAUGACAAUGAACUCAUUGGCACUGCUUUGACUGAUAGUAUUGAAUGUCUUGGCAUGGUCGGCUUAGCAAACUUCUGGAAAGCUUCCGAAUUUCAGUUUCACGCGAACAAAAAGUAUAACUCUGCUCUAAGACUUAUCAGCUCGCGGCUGAGAAAUGAAGACGAAGCACGAGCCGAUCAAACCCUCGUGGCAGUAAUACUUUUGGGGCUUUAUGAAAUAAACACAUGCACCGGUCCUCAAUCGAUGCAAUCUUGGACCAAACAUGUAAUUGGUGCCUCAUCGUUGAUGCAGCUUAAAGGAAAGCAAUGUCUUGAAACUGCAAUAGGCCGGCACAUAUUUGCUCAUCUUAGGACUCAAGUAAUCACAAACUGCAUACAACGCCAUGUUUCUAUUCCGCCUUUCAUUCGGGAUUGGUCAAAAUAUGCUUUGCAGUUUCAGUCGCCAAAUGAUGCCCACGCCACAAAUCUGUCGGAACAAGUGGUGGAAUUUGGCGAUCUCCGUGCUACAAUGUCUUCUUUUCAUGAUUACAGAAACGCGGAAAGAAUCAUCAAAGCCGCCCUGGUGAUUGAUUCCAAGCUUGUAGAGUGGGCUUUCACUUGCCCGCCGGAGUGUAUGUUUUAUAGAACACUCACCUUAAGACAAAGGUCUGAAGGCGUUUUUUCGGAUCACUAUCAUAUCUACGAUAGUAUCUGGGCCGCCGCACUCUGGAACCACUAUCGAUGUGUUCGGAUUCUCAUAAAUGAAGUUGUCUAUGUUCAGCUCACUCAUCUUAGAAAUAUUCAGCCUGAGUUAUUCGAUCUCGAACUGAGGAAUCCUAUCUUCUCUGAUUCUCAAUUAGAGAUCUCGACCACAGCCGUCAUUCAACUAUCACAUGAUAUAUGUGCUAGCGUUCCUUUUAUGCUUGGAUAUACGGAGGGCGGAGAAGUGACAUUAAAUAGUGCUAAAGCCGUUAGCGGUAAUCUUUUACUGUGGCCUUUGUAUACGGCAGCCUGUACGCCUCUUAUAUCCGAUAUGAUGUGUCACUGGGUAGCAGGGAGAUUAAGAGUCAUAUCCGACAUCAUGGGAAUCAAGCAAGCUGCUCCAUUAUCACAUAUUCUAACGAAAAGAAAGGAUCUCUUAGCUUGGGAGCUUGAAGAUAUCAAACAAGGGGCCGGACCAAACUAUGAGGAUUGGACACAUGGACAGUUAAUGGAGCUCACAUGA